UCCUUUGUUGGGGGCCACAGAGAUAAGACCUCAGACAAUUCAGAGGCCACUUGAACGCGCCCUCUCGCUCCCCAAGAUUGCCGCGACCACGCCCCUUCUGGAGCGACCGUCGCCUUGAGGGCCUGAGCGCGAAGGGCGGCGCUUGAGUCACCCUGACGCCAAUGAUUGACAGCUAGACCGGCCUUUGCGCGAGAGGAAGGAGGGGGAGGAGGGAGCGGCUCGCGCUGGCCGGUGCAGCUGCAGCCUCGUUAGGCUGGAUGGAUCUUUUCGGGGACCUUCCGGAGCCAACUCCUCCGGCUGUGGCAGCAGUAGAGAAAGAGGGACAGAAAGGAUCUCUGCUUUUUGAUGAUCUUCCUCCAAUCAGCAACAGUGAUUUGGGAGCAGGAAGCUCUUUGCUAUUUGAUGACCUCCCACCUGCCAGCAGUGGCAACUCAGCUUAUCAUCCCACUGAGCAAGUUUCUCUUCCUAUGAGCUAUGGAAAGGGAGAGAAGAGGAAGUCCACGGAAGGAGAGAAGAAUGGGAGUGAAGAACUUGUGGAAAAGAAAGUUUGUAAAGAUUCUGCAGGUAUUCUUGGUUUGAAGGGUUAUGUAGCAGAGAGGAAAGGUGAGCGAGAAGAGAUGCAAGAUGCCCAUGUUAUUUUGAAUGAUAUCACAGAAGAGUGCAGUCCUUUGUCCUCUCAAAUAACACGUGUCUCAUAUUUUGCUGUUUUUGAUGGCCAUGGAGGAGUUAGAGCUUCAACAUACGCUGCACAGAAUCUGCAUCAAAACCUAAUCAGAAAAUUUCCUAAAGGAGAGGUACCCAGUGUGGAGAAAGCAAUAAGGAGAUGCAUUUUGGAUACUUUCAAACACACAGAUGAAGAAUUUCUUAAACAGGCUUCCAGCCAGAAACCUGCAUGGAAAGACGGUUCUACGGCAACCUGUGUGCUGGUGAUUGAUAAUACUCUGUACAUUGCCAACCUUGGCGACAGUAGAGCAAUUCUUUGCCGUUACAAUGAAGAGACUCAGAAGCACACAGCUUUGAGUCUUAGUAAAGAACAUAACCCAACUCAGUAUGAUGAGCGGAUGAGGAUCCAAAAGGCUGGAGGCAAUGUCAGAGAAGGACGUGUUCUGGGUGUCCUGGAGGUCUCCCGCUCUAUUGGAGAUGGACAGUACAAGCGAUUUGGGGUUAUCUCAGUGCCAGAUGUCAAACGCUGUCAACUUACACACAAUGACAGAUUUAUCCUAUUGGCCUGUGAUGGUCUCUUUAAAGUCUUUUCACCAGAAGAAGCUGUGAACUUCAUCAUGUGUUGUUUGGAGGAUAAAGCUGUUCCCACAAGAGAUGCCAAAUCUUCCAUUGACACAAAGUAUGAAGCAGCCUGCAACAGGCUAGCCAACAAAGCAGUGCAGCGAGGAUCAGCAGAUAAUGUCACUGUGAUGGUGGUUCGGAUUGAACAAUGAUGGGACAAAUAUGUGCAAGGAAGAUCCAUAACAGCAUGCAGCAAAUUUAAUAGAACACGAUAGUGUGUUUGUGAAAUGUGCGCGUGUGUAGAAUCUUAUGGAUUUUCCCCCAUAUGCUUAUUUGUAAAUAAAAGGGUUUUUUAUAAGCAUUCAGGUCAGUUCAUUGUUUCAUAAAUUGUAAGUAAUUGGGUCUUCUGUUUUCCUCCUGAAUGGGCUACAGGCAGCAAUCUAACAAAAUUUCCUGCAGAUAGUCAUAUUGUUUGCUGUCUUACAAGAUGCUUCAGGUUCCAGUAUCCCAGUUUAAAAAAGACAUGCACAAAGGGCACAGGUAUAUUUUAUUGGCAACUUGUUUUAACUGAGCAUGGGUUCUAAUCCUAUAUAUACUUUUGAUUCAGGCUGCAUGGAUACUACCUCAAGUAGUAUUUAUAUAGCUAUAUGCAAAAUAGAUUAAAUUUCUAGAUUAAAUUAACUUGAGCUAGAAAGUGAGGUUAGAUUAGAUUUUAAAUGCAUGGAAUAUGGCAUUGUUAGAUUCUUUAGGCUGAAGUCUUGGAAGAAAGUAUAUCAGAAUACGUCUAUCUUAUGAAUAGGAUUUGGCUGUCAUUGAGAUGAUCAUAUUUAUAGUGACUGAAAUUAGUGGGGGUUUUCUGUCUGAAUUUAAAUAAAGAUAUAGAGUAAAUUUGUGCCUUGGGUCAGCAUUGACAUGCCAGUGUAGCUUGAGAGAACUAGCUAACAGUGAAUUAUGGUUUAUUUUCAGUUAUGAUACAAAUUGUGGUUUGUUUGUUUGCUUGCACAUAAACAUUCAGGAAAAAUUUCAAGGUAUGAAUUCAUAUGUGAGGAAAGCCUUUGUAAGAACACUGUUCUCUUUUUUGUGAAAUAACGUUCUCCUCUUAUAGAUGCAUAAACGCUGUCCAUUUUUAAUAUGUCAGCUUUAGAUGUACUUUCUAAGUACCAUUAUUCUCAUUAUUUAAUUUAUAGGAAUAGAAUUAAGCUAUUAUGGGUGAGAUAAUACUCAGUGGUGACAACUAUAAGUAAAGCAGGGGGGGAAGAUUGGGACAAUAGGAGUAGAAUGCACCACCAACUCAAUGUGAGCAAACGGGGGGGAAAGGACAAGUUAAUUUCGGAUUGCAUUAAAUGAAGCUUUGUAGCUCAUGGGAAAUAGUAACUGUAGAUAUUCUAUUCUGAAUUUGGGAUCCUAUGCCUAUUCUGGAUAUACCGCUUAAAUAGCACAUGAAGGAGUCAGAAUGGAUUUAGGGGGAAACUGUUAGGAUGAGGCACAAUGAGCCUCAUGAAGAACAACUAAAGAUUUAGUUUAUUUAGCAUAUUUAUCUUGCAAUAGAGAAAGCUAAGGGAGAUACAAUAGUGGGCUAUACUGUAAACAGCUAAAAUGUGCUACGUACAAAAGGGGAUGGACCUGUUCUCAGUUGACACUGAAAAAACAAGGAUCAACAAGCCAAAUUAAAUGAAAGAUUCGGGCUUCAAGUAAGGAUUAGUUAAGCUGGGUAUUGAGAAAAGCUUAAUGGAUUCUUGUAUUGAGCAAAGAUAUAUUAAAUGAUCUGUAUGCUUGUUCCAACUCAGAGCUUCUAUGUUUCUAAGUGACAUUGGGGUGCAGUUAAGCCAACAAUCGUUUGGCUCAUGCGUGGAUGUCAGCAGCUGAGGUUAUCAAUCACAUAAUAAAGUAUUUGCUAAGCGGCCCUUACAUUCUCAGUUUAGUUUUUAAUAUCCUUUGCAAGUAUUACCGUGCUGUUAACUAUUUGAUAGAAGCUGUUCAACAAAUGGAAUUCAAACUAGGAAAAAAUAUUCUCCAAUUGAAAAAUACAUCUUCAGUCAAACAUUUUCAAUAUAGAAGCGUUCAGAGUUUAGGUUAAGCCUACCCAUUUGACUGGACAACUAGAAUUUCAAAAGUAUCUGUAAACAAUUAGAUAUAAAAUUAUAUCUAUAAAUUGGUGCUGUCUGUUGAAAUUAUUGAGAUAUUGGGACUGGCUCCAUGGUUUUUUAAUAUAAUAAAUCUACUAAAGAGUCACUUUUUUCCUGUGCGUCAGCUUCAUUGUUUGGCCUAUUUCUUUUGUAACUAAAUAAAACACAUUUAAAAGUGGGUGAAUGUGUUCAUUAAUUUUUUUAACACAGUAAACUAGAGUUGCUGUAAAAAUAUACUUUAUAGUGUAUAUAUGCAUGCACACCAGGAUAUAUAAGUAAAUACAUAAGCAUACAAAAGAGCUGCAAUUUGCAGAUGAUUGAUUGUACUGCAGGGCAGGGCAGACCUAGGCCUUAUCAAGCCAGUAGCAUUUCCAGAAUAAGAAGGGUGGAUGCACAAUUUACUGAGAAUAUGUUUUCCCUAAAAUAGAGCUUUUAUAAUGCUCAGCCUAAUCAGUCUGAUGCCUAGAAUUCUAAAUGUUCUGCAGAUGCUUCUGCCCUCUAGUGGUCUUUAAAAGUGAAAUUGAAUUUGACUUUCCAGUUCUUAUAGUCUUUUCAAAUUUUCAAAUUCUGAGCAGGCAAGUAGCUUACUAGAAAUUUAUCUGUAUACAAAAGAAAACAAAAUCCUUUUGAAUAU